GUCUAAUCAUCUAUAGGGCAGGUUGUUUGUCUCACCUGUCCUGAACAGUGACACAGUGAACGUCAGUGCGCGAGAGCAACUCCGCAAACAGAAUGUCUUCGAGGCCGCACGAGAGUCCUCCGCCCUAUGAGGAUCAUACAGAGGAUGGAUAUAAUGUCGCCCCGCAGCCUGCGUAUUCGUACUAUCCUGACGAUGAGUUCCAGCAUUUCUACCGCUGGACGUCUCCGCCGGGCAUCAUAAAGAUCAUGUGUGUCAUGUCGGUCAUCUUCUGCGUGGGCAUCUUCGUGUGCGUGGCCUCGACUCUGGCCUGGGACACGGAUGCAGGAGCGGCUGGAUUCGGUGGUUACGGAAGCUCAUACGGAGGUUCUUACGGAGGCUCAUACGGUGGCUACGGGGGAUCCGGCUACGGAAUGGGUGGAUACGGAGGCUAUGGUUACGGGAUCCUCGGCUCUCAGAACGACCCCAGGCAGGGCAAGGGUUUCAUGAUCGCCAUGGCCAUCAUCACCUUCAUCGUCCUGCUCGUCAUCUUCAUCAUGAUCAUCUCGCACCAGAAAGUGGCUCAGGGAAGGAAGUUCUACCUGGCCGUCAUCAUCAUCAGCGCCAUCAUGGCUUUCCUCAUGUUAGUUGCCACCAUAGUCUAUCUGGUGACGGUUUACCCAAUGGCCCAAUCGUCUGGAUCGGUUCAGUUCAAUCAGGUUUACGCCAUGUGCGCCGCUUACCAGCAGCCUCAGAUGACGGGUGGGUUCGUGAACCAGUAUCUGUAUCACUACUGCGUGGUGGAUCCUCAGGAGGCAAUCGCUCUUGUUUUGGGCUUCAUUGUCACCGCGGCCCUCGUCAUCAUCAUGGUUUUUGCCAUUAAAACCCGUCAAAGGAUCAAUAAUCACGGGAAGGACAACAUCCUGUGGCGCCGCGUGAAAGAAAUGAAUGAUCAAAACUCGCCGCAGGAUGUAGAGGAUUGGGUGAGUAUGAUAUUAUUGUUCUUUGCAUUGCUAGCUGAAGUACAGUCAAACCUAAAUGUAUUCAGACACCUUCAACAUUUCUCACAUUAUCGCAGUUUAUUCGGGUCGCUGUUCAGGGAGAUUGAGCACGAGGUGCCGGUCCGUAGUUCAGUCCCACUGAGCAGCGGAUCGGAGAUGAACAGCUCUGCAGGACGGCCCAAGAAACGGCGCGCUGGACGCCCACGAACCGCCGACAGACGGGAUCACGACACGGACUACGCCUCCUCUGGAGAUGAGCUGGACGACGAUGACUUCUCCAGUGAAUUCCCUCCCAUUAUUAAUAAUGAAGAGAGAGAUGAUUACAAACGCCUGUUUGACAAAGACCAUCAGGAGUACAAGGAGCUCCAGGCAGAAAUGGACCAGAUCAACAAGCGUCUGGCUGAAGUGGACCGGGAGCUGGAUGACCUGCAGGAGGGCAGUCCUCAGUUCCUGGACGCCAUUGACGAGUACAACGCGCUGAAAGACAAAAAGAGGAGCGGCGAAUACCAGGUGAAGAAGAAGCGCUGCAAGCACCUGAAGGCCAAACUAAGCCACAUCAAAAGAAUGGUCAGCGAUUACGACCGGAGGUCCUGAAGAUCCUUUCCAUCACAUUAGAGGAGAGCGAGCUACUGGACAGUAUCGUGAGAGUCCAGAUGUGUGGGUCAUUGCCAUUCGUGAGCUAGGCUGUGUUGCUUUCUGGACAUUUGAUUGAUAAUGCAUGUAAAUAUUCAAGGCAUUCUGAUUCGUAUUGCACAGUGCAAUAUUUUCCCAGAAUCCUUCAUGAACCCGUUUUAAAAUCAGGUUUAACUAAUGUCAAAAUCCUAAUUUCUGUAGUUUUUUUUGUUGCAAAUCUCCAUUUAGCUGUUACAGAUUUAACAUGAACUUGUUGGUGUUUCAGUACAGCGUGUUUGUUUUAUAAAGUUUUUAUAUAUAUA